GUAGUGACGUCUACUUCCGCUCUACGGCAGAGGAGCUGGGCUCCGUUUCAUACCGUUUAUUUGCUGUCUCAGUGGUUGAUGAGUUACGCUUAUGAGGCAGAUCAUGGCGUAAACAUGGCCCACAAUAGAAGCUUUUUCCUCGAAGCCCUGGAUAGAUCAGAGACCAGGCGAGAUGGAGGCUUCAAGCACAGCUGGAGCUUUUCUCCUCCUAGUGACAGUGAAGAAGAGAAGCUAAACGAUGGGAGUGUGAUAAGUGUGGAGGAGAUGCAGCAGCCCACCUCCCCUGAUGAGAAAAAGCCUCCAUCUUUAAGGCACUUCACUUCAUCCAACCCCAUAAGAACCUAUGAGAAGAGGGUGAAUAAUCACAUGAGGCCUCUGAACAAGCUGACUCCCAAAAAGCUCAGCAGCAGCGAUGUUCCUCUUGAAGCAGCAACGUCGUCCCCAACGCACAACAGAGCAAAUUACUACAUCUUCUCUCCGCCUCAUCAAGGAAUCUUUUUGCAAGGUCGGCAUUUUCAGCACGCACAGCUGCCAUCGACCGUGAAGAAGCCCGUCCAAAGAAAUGACUUUUUGCCCACACAACAAAACUUGGAAGUGGACAGCAUCGUCCUCACCUGCCAAGAGAGCCCAGAGGAUGACACCUUAAACAUUAAGCGUCGAGUCCUACAGAGGAGGAAGUCGGACAUUUCUAAAUUUUCCACACCAGUCGAACAAACAGAGGCUCCGCAGUCGACUGUCUACUAUGCUGUGUGCCUGAAGUGCAACAAGCCAAGCGAGGACAGCACUAAGUGUCAUAACUGCAGCAGCAGUGCAUCACUAUUCCCCCGUCAGCCGGCCACGCUGUCAUCUUUGACCCCCAGACCUCCAAUCAGACCCCAAACCUCCCGCAGCCCCAACAGCCUUCAGCAGAACUUUUGCAAACCGGGUACCACCAUCAAGCUACCCGGUGGGGAGGCCGCACCUGUGCGUGCCACGAGCGUGCUGGGAUCACAGAUGCCUUCGAGUGACGGCACGGCGGCGGUGGUGGGGCGAUCGUCCAAAGGGAAGAGGACGACGGUGAAGCAGCACGAGCUCAACGAUCCCAUCGUUCUUUCCAGCGACGAGGAAGAGGACGAGGCCGACAAUGCCAGCACAGGAAGUGUCAACAGACUGGACAGCGUUUCUCCUCGACCCGCCGACUCGGCGCACUCCUCCCCGGUGCCGUCUGGGGGCAGGGUGGACGCGGAGGUGAAGAGCACCGAAGCUCAGGAAGAGAUCAGCACCGAGUUCUUUGAAGACGUCAACAUAAAGAUCACGAUACCACGGAGAACCCGGAUGAAGGAUCAGUUUGGAAAUCAGCUCCCUGAGCAGCUUCCACCAAGAGCAAAGAAGCCCAAAGUCACGCCCAACAGGUGUGAAAGCAUCAUCCUGGAGUGCCGGAGCAUUAGAAUAGGGAGCCUGCGAAGGAUGGUGAAAAAGCCUGUAGUUUUUUCUGUUGACAACAUUCAGCUGGAAACACAAGGUCCGGUCAGCGACAGCAUAGAGAAGGUCUGCCUCCAGACGUCCGAGCUCAUUAGCUGCGAGUGGUGCUGCGUCCGGAAGCUUCCCGUCUUGUUCUUUCAAACGACUCCAGAAGAGUGCCUCCGCCUUCGCACGCAGCUCAACAUGUCCAAGGAGAAUGGAGGUCAUUGGUACGACUGCGCCGGGAACGCGUCAGACGAGAAGUACAUCGUUCUGAUCUUUGAGAACGGCCUAGCGUUGAAGGAGCAGAUCAUCCUGGAGGACAUUUUGACAGCGAUCGGCACAACCAACCACCUCAGCGACUUCCCGACCAAAUUGACGUUUGACGAGGCCAACGUUCGUCUGGUUAACUACAACAAGUCAUCGAACCAGAAGAGCGAGAAGGAAAAAUCCGUUCCGAACUCUCCCAGCUUCACCCACGUUCCCUCCGUGUCGCCGGUAAGCGUAGCUGGACGCACACGGAUGGCCACCCGCCAGACCAGUUCUUACCUUGAGGAUGAAGACGAAGACAUGACGGACCUGCAACCCACUUUCUCUGGACCAAUUGUGAAGUUAAUGGUUUACCCUCCCCCUCCAGCCAAAGGUGGGAUAACAGUAACUAACGAAGACCUCCACUGCCUUAAUGAUGGUGAAUUCCUGAAUGAUGUUAUCAUAGACUUUUAUUUAAAAUAUUUAGUUUUAGAGAAAUUGAAAAAGGACGACGCACAAAGAAUCCACGUGUUCAGCUCCUUUUUUUACAAAAGACUGAACCAGAGAGAGCGACGGAACGCCCCAGACGCCACCAGCCUGCCGAUCCAGAAGAGAAAGCACAACAGGGUGAAGACGUGGACUCGACAUGUGGACCUGUUCCAGAAGGAUUUCAUUUUUGUUCCUAUAAAUGAAUCAGCUCAUUGGUACUUGGCAGUCAUCUGCUUUCCGGGCCUGGAAGGUCCAGUGUUUGAGAAGAACCCGCUCUACUGUGGCUCGACGCCAGCCUCCAGCUCGGCGCCAGAGCUCCAGUCGGAGGACAGCAUCCCAGACCACUGCCGCCCCCUGUCUCCAGAUGGAGACUGCCUGGACAGCUCGUCGGAGUUGGAAUCCCCCGAGGCUCCGGGUGGGUCUGCAGAGGGUCAGAGCGUCUUCAACCCGGAGAAUUUCGGCGAGGAAGCUCAGGAGUCGCUGGGCAACGGCCAGACUGAACCCGAGCCGCACUACUCAAGUGAACUGCACAGAAUCAGUCUAUGCUACGGUUCAGGGAAAGAAGACGACACUUACACCUUCUCUGAUGACCAAAGCUCCUGUCAGGAUGAGUGCAGUGAAGACGGCGCUCUGGCUGAAGAUGGAGUCGCUGCCGACGUCUGCGGUCUGGCCUCAAAACCAACCAUCUGCAAACAACCUUGUAUUCUCAUCAUGGACUCACUGCGGGGUCCCACUAGGUCCACGGUGGUGAAAACUCUCAGAGAAUACCUGGAGGUGGAGUGGGAGGUGCGCAAAGGCACCCAGCGAAGCUUUAGUAAGGAGGUGAUGAAGGGCUCCAGUCCACGUGUGCCUCAGCAGGACAACUUCAGCGACUGUGGGGUUUACGUCCUGCAGUAUGUGGAGAGCUUCUUUGAGAAUCCUCUUCCCAGUUUCCAUCUGCCCAUGAACUUGUCCGAGUGGUUUCCACAGCAGAGGAUGAAGACGAAACGCGAGGAGAUCAAGGAGCUGAUCCUGACGCUGCAGGCGCAACAGGAGCCUAGCAUGGAGUCUAAAGAGGAGGAGACUCCGCUGGGCUCCUCUGAGGAGCUAGACGUUCAGGAGACAUCUGAAGUGAAAGGAACGAUGGCCAUCAGCCCUUGAAAUAUCCACACCAUCCAUCCAUCCCUGUGUGUUCCCCUCUGAACCCCACAUGGGCUGAACUGGAUCAUAUGCUGCUGGUCUCACUAAAACAUUUGUCACGUGGUCUGGCGCCUUGCACAGACAACCACACCUUCAUGUUUGUAUCAAAGACAUUCAAUGUAAAUAUGCUGGAGUUUUUCUGCUGCCUUUGUAAAAUACCGUUUUACCAAUC